AUGUCCACUUUUUCACAACAGCACACCCUCAAGCGGUUGCCUAUUCCGCCGCUUGAGAAGACUUGUGAAAAUUAUCUCAAUGCUCUAAAACCCUUGGAAACUGAAAAGGAGCAUGAGAAGACCAAAGAGGCGGUGAAGCGGUUCUUGGAAGACGGGUCCGGUGCUUUCUUGGAUACUGAAUUGAGGAAAUAUUCCAAGUCUAGAGCUUCCUACAUUGAACAGUUCUGGUACGACUCCUACUUAAACUACGACUCCCCCGUGGUGCUCAACUUGAACCCUUUCUUCUUGUUGGAAGACGAUCCGUUCAAUAACGAAUCAACUUGUGUCAACCCGCAGGUCAAGAGAGCUGCUUCAUUGACUCUUUCGUCCUUGAAGUUCAUCAGGGCUUUGAAAAACGAAACCUUGCCCACUGAUACUCUCAAGAAUGGCCAACCACUUUGCAUGUACCAGUACAAGAAGCUCUUUGGCUCCUCCAGAAUCCCAACAGAGGACGGUUGUGUCAUGCAAUCGGACAACAACUCAAACCAUAUUGUCGUCAUGAGCAAGUCUCAAUUCUAUUGGUUCGACGUUUUGGAUACCGAGAACAAUUUGCUCUUGUCCGAGCAAGAUUUGACCAUCAACUUCACAUCGAUCAUCCAAGACUCGCUCCAGACUCCUUCCAAUGAGGUUGCAAAAUCCUCCUUUGGUGUUCUUACCACGGAGAAUAGAAGAGUGUGGGCUAGAAUUAGACACUCUCCCACCAUCUUGGAUAACCCCAAUAACAACGAGAUCUUGUCCAUCGUCGACUCUGCACUCUUUGUUAUCUGUCUUGAUGAUUUGGUUUUGCUGGACUUGAGUGAUUUGGCAAAGAACAUGUUGUGUGGUUUGUCAAUUGUCGACAAUGGUGUCCAAGUCGGUACUUGCACCAAUAGAUGGUACGACAAGCUUCAGAUCAUCAUCACGCAAAACGGUAAAGCCGGCAUCAACUUCGAACACACUGGUGUUGAUGGUCACACCGUUUUGCGUUACGUGUCUGACAUCUACACUGACUCUAUAUUGUCGUUUGCUCAGUCCAUCAAUUCCAAUGCUCCAGCGUUGUGGAACACCUCUGACCUGGCAGCAAGAUCCAACUCAAACGAAGGACGCACAGAUUUAGUCACCAUUCCUAGAAAGCUCGAAUGGGAUUUGACGCCAGACUUGUCUCUUGCCUUGCGUUUCGGUGAGACAAGAUUGUCCGACUUGAUUAACCAGAAUGAGUUCAAGCACUUGGAGUUCAAGAGCUACGGCUCAUCUACCAUCAAAAAGAUGAAGUUUUCUCCUGACGCUUUUGUCCAAAUGGCUUUCCAGGCUACGUACUACGCCUUAUACGGCAGGGUUGAGUGCACCUACGAGCCAGCUAUGACAAAGCACUUCUAUCAUGGCAGAACUGAGGCUGUGCGUACUGUCAGUCAAGAGUCCAACCUUUUUGUGCGUAAAUUCUUCGACCCUAACAUGCCUAACUCGGAGAAGCUUAAGUACCUCACAGAUGCUUGCAAGAAGCAUUCUGAGCAGACAAAGAGGUGCACCAAUGGUGAAGGUAUCGACAGACACUUGUUCGCUCUUUUCUGCGUCUGGAAACGUUAUGUGAGCGGUGAACUUCCCAAUGAGUAUGGUGCUACAAGCAUGAAAGAGGAUGACACAAUUGUGGCAGACCAUCAGAGCGAUUCAUCCGAGCAUACUGUCGGUGGCAACAACGAGCCCAGUGUGAAGUCCGAAUUGACAGACUUGCCUGCAAUUUUUGCCGAUAACGGAUGGGAUAGGUUGAAUAACACUAUCCUCUCUACUUCGAAUUGUGGUAACCCUUCCUUGAGACUUUUCGGAUUCGGACCGGUCAGCGCCAACGGGUUUGGUAUUGGCUACAUCAUCAAAGACGACUCCAUAUCGAUUUGUGCUUCUUCCAAGCACAGACAAACGAGCCGGUUCCUUGUCACAUUGGAGUCCUAUUUGGAUGAGGUUUACCGUAUCUUCAAAGAAGUCAACGAGGCAGCAGAGAUUCACGCUCCUAUCGACACGAAGAUUGAAGAGAGUGAAUCAUUACCAAAGAUUGUUACCAAACAGCCUGCUCCAGUUAAGGACUCUUUGAGUACCUUGUUGGGUGGUUACGGCUACUUUGAUAUGGGUGAGGAGGACAUCAAAUCGAGAGGGCAAUCACCUGAACCUCCAUUUAUGCACCGCAUGGACAGCGGCUUCUCUAUUCGUGACAUUGAAAGGAAAUUGCGUUUGUCAGAAUACUGA